UUCUGCAUCCAUUAUCAUGACUGAAGAGGUCCCUAAGAAGCACAGUCAGUUUGCCCUCUAUGUUGCUGCAAUUCUAGCCGCUGUUGGUGGUUUUAUCUCUGGUUAUGACACAGGUGCAAUAUCUGGUAUCUUGGCCAUGAGCCAGUUUACGUCUAGAUUCCCUCCCUUGGAUGGUAACAGUUACAAUCAGGGUCUAUUUGUCGCCGCUAUUCUUCUCACGGCUAUGCUGGGAUCUUUGUUGACUGGCUGGUUUGCCGACAAAAUUGGUAGAAAAUGGACUAUCAUGACGGGAUCAUUCGUGUAUGCGUUUGGUAUCAUGUUCGAAAUCAUUGGCGCCAACUUUGGUAUGAUGGUAGCUGGACGAUUAAUUGGCGGUUUCGGUAACGGUCUUUUGACAAAUUCUGUUCCGUUGUAUCACUCUGAAAUCGCACCACCAAAAAUUCGUGGCCGUCUUAUUUGUCUUUUCCAGCUCAUGAUAACGUUCGGUAUCGUUGUCAGUUACUUCAUUGAUCUUGGAACUUCCAAUAUCCAGAGUGAUAUGGCAUGGCGUGUGCCUUUUAUCGUUCAAAUGAUUUUUGCCUUGGGUCUUGGUUCAGCAAUGUACUGGUUGCCUUACUCGCCACGUUGGCUUACAGACAAAGGCAGAAAUGAGGAAGCUUUGCAGGUUUUGGCUGACAUGCGUGCUGAUGGUGAUAUCAACGACCCUGAAGUUCAGAAGGAAUUCAAGCAAAUUCAUGAUGAAAUCCUACUGGAACACGAGCUGGAAAUUAGAAGCUAUGCUGAGCUAUUCAAAGGCACAGUUCUAAAGAGAACUAUCAUUGGUGUAUUCAUUCAAUCCGCACAGCAAUUCACCGGUAUCAAUGGUGUGCUUUACUAUGCUCCCUCUAUAUUCCAAGCAGCCGGUUUGUCUGGAACAACCAACUCUUUGGUCGCUACUGGAGUCACUGGUAUCUGUAACUUCGCUGCAACCCUACCUGCUGUUAUUUGGAUUGAUCGUUGGGGUCGUAAGCCCACUUUGAUAUCCGGUGCUUUUAUUCAAGCUUUGGCUAUGUUCGUCAUUGGAGGAGUUUUCCAAACGCAAUCCUCUAUGGUGGAUGGCAAUCUCGUCAUGAACUCUACAGCUGCCACCAAUACAGUCAUCGCCUUCAUAUUCAUUUUCACUUUGGCAUUUGCCUAUUCUUGGGGAGCAUGUGGAUUCAUCUAUCCAGCCGAAAUUUUCCCAAUGAGAGUCAGAGCAAAGGCUACUUCUCUUACUACCGGUGCCAAUUGGCUUUUUGCCAUUGUCAUCACUUUUAUCACCCCUGUUGUUAUCGCUGCUACAUCUAGUGGAUUGUAUUUCUUGUUUGGUGGAUGCUGUAUUCUUAUGGGAAUUGCUUGCUUUUUCAUUCCAGAGACAGCUGGUCGGUCUUUGGAAGACAUGGAAAUCGUUUUUGGAGACGAUCCAGCCAUAGAAAAGCGUGCCGCUAUGGAGCUUGGUGUCAACGUCGAUGAUUUCCAAGAAAUUGCUGCAAACCACGGCAAAUAAUUAACUGCAGUGAUUAUUUCACCGAUAGUGACCGUAUUUCGUUUAAUCAAAGUCUAUAUAUUUAUGUAUUCUGUCUAAUACUACCGUUCCUUCUUUUUAUCUUGUUAACUCGCAAAAGUAUCGUAUUAUACUGUAUGACCACAUUAAUGCGGAAAAGCCAAUAUAAAAUGAAAGAAAAGAUCAAAAGACAAAAGAAAAAAGAAACAAGCUAAAUGUGC